CAACCAAAUCCCAAAGAAGAAGAAGAAAACGGAAGACUACAAGGAAGUAUAUUUACAGUCGCGAUAACAACAAAUUGCCAUGCAAUGUAGCGUACUGCUAUUAUAGUUUAUUUUCAGGUGAACAUUAAAAACAGGAUUGUCAUUUGGCAGGCAUAUUUGAUAAAGGCUUCAGCUCAACUCAUGGAAGCAGUCGUUUUGUUGGCCAUUGUUGUGGGGCUAGCAAUCUUUUCUGAAGACGCAGGAUCAUGUCAUCCAAGGAGGGGGGGGGAGGCGAAACUGCUGAAUCCGGGGCUAUGGCAACACAGAGUUCAAUGGCUGUCAAUAAUGGCAGGGACAACAACCAGAAGAACCAUCAUGAUGAAGUAGGGAGGUUGCACGCGGAACCAAGCAACGAAACAGGCAGUACAGCAGACACCAGCACAGCAGCCAAGAACUUGGCUUUGCUCAAAGCCCACUCCCUGGAUGUGAAUUUUGAGGUUGGCGAGGAGUAUGACGUCAUAGAGACCAUCGGCACAGGGGCCUAUGGCGUCGUGUCCUCCGCCAGGAGGCGGGACAAUGGUCAACAAGUGGCAAUUAAGAAGAUUCCCAAUGCUUUUGAGGUGGUGCAAAACGCUAAGCGUACAUUACGAGAGCUGAAGAUUCUCAAGCAUUUCAAACAUGACAACAUUAUCGCCAUCAAAGACAUCCUCCAGCCUAGCCUCCCUCACUUCAAGUCUGUAUAUGUGGUUCUGGACCUGAUGGAGAGUGAUCUCCACCAGAUCAUCCACUCCCGGCAGCCGCUGACUCCAGAGCACACACGUUACUUCCUGUACCAGCUCCUCCGCGGUCUCAAGUACGUGCACUCGGCCAAUGUCAUCCACCGCGACCUCAAGCCCUCCAACCUGCUGGUCAACGAGAACUGCGAGCUGAAGAUCGGUGACUUUGGCAUGGCCCGGGGCCUUAGCUCACACCCCGAGGAGUCCCACUCCUUCAUGACCGAGUACGUGGCCACACGCUGGUACCGCGCCCCUGAACUAAUGCUCUCGCUGCACCACUACAGCCUGGCCAUCGACCUGUGGUCUGUGGGCUGCAUCUUUGCCGAGAUGCUGGGCCGCAAGCAGCUGUUUCCCGGGAAGCACUAUGUCCACCAGCUGCAGCUUAUCCUGUCUGUGUUGGGCACACCACCAGAGGGUGUGAUCGGGGCCAUCGGGGCCGAUCGGGUGCGCUCCUACGUGCGGAGCCUGCCGUCGCACGCACCUGUGCCCUUGACCAAGUUGUACCCGCAGGCCGAGCCUGCUGCCCUGGACCUGCUGGCCACCAUGCUGCGCUUCGAUCCUCGCGAGCGGAUUGAUGUGAGCCAGGCACUGGAGCACCCCUACCUGUCCAAGUACCACGACCAGGACGAUGAGCCCAUCUGCGUGCCCGCCUUCGACUUUGAGUUCGACAAGGCGCCCAUGAGCCGGGAGCAGAUCAAAGAGUCCAUCCUAGUGGAGAUCCAGGACUUCCACCGGCGGAAGCAGAACAACCGGCAGAGGAUCCAGUUCAGGCCCUUACAGAGGCAGGGUGGUGGUGACCAACGGUCUGCUCAAACCUCCACCGUCAACCUGACCAAUAACUCAUUGGCUUCCAUGUCACGACCGACACAGGUAUCACCGAUGCAGCCGCAACCAGUGUCAAAGAGUCAAGCCAAUCAGCAUCAUAUAACAACAGGAGGGAACCAAACUUUCGCCAAUCAGCUGCCGUCCUUUAGUAAACAGGCCCCACCCCUUUUAGAGGUGACCCCAUCCCAACGUCUGACCCACACGUUGCCUCUCCUGACCCAGACAGAGAGUUGCCAGGACGUGGAUAUGCCCAGCGCCAACUCGGACAGCGGGCAGCCUGAGAUCAUAGACCUGAUCACGCCAGUCUCUUCCCAGGGCACCUCACCGUCUGAAGCUCUGAGGGAAAGCUCGAAGGUGGAGGAGCUAGUACCCACCAGCCAGGGGGGACCUCUGACCCAAGUCACCCAGAGUCAGCCAAUGUCUCAGGGCCAGGCUGCGUCUUCCGUGUCCUCCACUUUAGCGCACGACACCAUGGCCCCUCUGCCCAACUCUGUGCCUUCUCUCAUGCUCUCCCAGGCCCAAGCUCAGUCACUUUCGCAGUCCCUCACUCAGUCCUUGUCCAAGGGGGCGAGGGGAACAGCGGGGGCAGGGGAAGGGACCAGGAAAGAUGGAGCCAUUUCGGAGGACACCAAAGCAGCGCUCAAGGAGGCCUUGCGGAAGUCGGCUCUCAGAAACAAAGCCAGAGAUGGAGGUCCUACAGCGCUGAGCAUGGAUACAGGUGGAGCAGGUCUGACAUGCUCACUAACUUCCUCCCUCUCUCUUCCGGAGCUACGGCGGCCCGUCACAGCCCAGGAGCGCCAAAGAGAAAGGGAGGAGAAGAGGAGGAGGAGGCAGGAGCGAGCUAAGGAGCGGGAGAGGAAGAUGAAAGAGAAGGAGAGAAGAGAAGGGGACUCAUUGGGUGGGGUUCUCCUGAGCGACAACGACAAGAGCUUAUUGGAACGCUGGAAGAGGAUGAUGGACAGCCGUGCAGACAAAUCACAGACCCCCGAUGUCGACGCAGCCAAAACUAAGGGCAGCAAAGUAAGUUCCCACGUCAGCGGGAAGUCGAGCGAAAAGACCCAGGAGGCAAUGGCUGUAAACCACACCAAAUCGGAUAAGGAUGCAGGGGAGAUUCAGACUCACAAACAGACGGUACCCCAAAUAGAGCCCAAUCUGUCAGGCAUGUUCCAGCCACUAAAUACCCAGGGCUCACUGCCUUUCUCUCUGGGCCAGACAAAGGGAGAGGAGAUGGGCCGUGUGGCUGCGAGUGGAGGGAUGGACAUGGUGGAUGGAGCCUCCUGUGGCUUAGCUAAAAACAACACGCUAAAACCAACGCAGGGUGAGUACGAAGGGCCAAGGAUCUUCAACUGUCUGGGGAAUUGGGUCGGGCAGCAGGUAGGGGCCGGGACUUCCCAGCAACAGCAGCUACCCCUUAACAGAUCACCCCAAGCCUGCCAGACAAGCUUCCCUCAGCCUCAGCCGCACCCCGUGGGGACUUUCUUGACGAAAGCCCCAGCACUACCAUCGAGCGAAACUAAUGGCAACAUGAGAACAGGGGAUGGUCAGAACAACAUCAACUCUCACCCUAACUCAGUCCCUAGUGGUGCCGGGCCCAUGGAGAAGCUGUGCUCGGCUCUGAGAGAGAAGCCCGGGUCCCACACGCAAAGCCCUCUCUGCGGGGCCUUUGGGGCCCUGUCCCUUCCUCAGCCCAGCUUAGGGUUCACAGACACCGGACAGCCGGGGCACGCUGUGGCCCCUGACAUCCACACGGUCACACUGCAGCUCUCAAAGUCACAGGUGGAAGAUGUGCUGCCUCCGGUGUUCUCUGUCACGCCUAAGGGCAGUGGGGCAGGUUACGGAGUGGGCUUUGACCUGGAUGACCUCUUCAACCAGUCUCUCACUGACCUCCAGCACGCAGACCUCAGAGACAGUUACAAUGACUCAGGCCCCCUCUCAGCCUCCCUGCUCUCUGAUUGGCUGGAGGUGCACCGCAUGACUCCGGCUGACCUGGAAUCGCUACAGCAGGAACUACAGCUAGGAUCUCCCAUGAUCCUCUCUGACUCCAUCCCCUCUGACACCUGACUCCCUCCUUCUGGAAUAACAACCAAGACGCUGGAGGUAGAAAUAGCCCCUUACCAGACAUCAGGUUGCAUUGUCUGCAUCCAAGUGCAUUCCCCACACAGUGCACUACUGGGAGUAGGUAAAUUGCCCCUAAAUACUACACAAAUAGCCUAGUCCCAGAUAUGGGACUGCUAUACAGGGUAUUUCAUCCCCUAAUGGUACCUUUAGUCCCUAUGUAGUGCACUACAUUUGACCGGGCCCAUAGGGCUCUGGUCAACACUAGACCCAUGUGUCCCUACAUUUAGAAGUUUCCUAGAAAGGAGGAGUCUGAGCCCUGGGUUAUACGCUUUGUAAUAGACACUCUAAGGAUCAUCUAUUUAUUUGUUUUUCUAGCAUUUCCUCAUGCAGUGUUCAUGGUUCUUUUAAUAAAGAUCAUUGGGUCAUAACUUGUAUGAAUUGCUGCUGUUUUACAAUAGGCCCUGAAGGAGAGAAGGUGGUUUGUUAACAUAAUUGUAGCCUAUGCAGGUUAUUACACCAGCAGGGGGGGAAAUACAUUGAUGAAAUCGCAAUUAAUACAAUCGCAAUGACUGGGUCAUGUUCAUUAGGGGACGCAACGGAAAAGACUUUGCAAAGAUUAUAACAUUUUGUUUUUUCCAUUUGUUAUAAAUCCAGGGAAUCCUACCGUUUCAGUCCGCUUUCUUCCAUUUGGUCUCUAAUGAAUACAACCCUGAUCAGGAAUGAUUUAUUAGGAACAGGCCAAAACUCAUCGUCACUAUUAAAGCAACCCUGUUGAUUCCUCUCCGCUACCAUUCGCUGUCAAAAAGUUGUCAUUUUGUGUAAUUGGAGAGUUGACAAUCGUUCACCACAGUGAAUGGGUGUGGACGCAUGAACAGAAAAUGGAGAUUAGCGUUUGGCAGGUAAUCAUGUUUCAACAAGUUCAGUGCAAUGUUGAUCAUUAUACAUUUAUUAAACAUAGGCUGCCACUCAAAAGAAGAAAAUUAAAAACAAAGAAAUACAUAGUUUCAGUAAUAAUAAAUUCCGUAUAAGCAGGAUAAGAAAAAGUGGGCCUCCGCCCCCAAAGACAACGCAAUAUCUAUUGCACUCCACACUGCCCUCAUCCACCUAGAUAAGAGGAAUACCUAUGUGAGAAUACUGUUCAUUGAUUACAGCUCAGCGUUCAACACCAUUGUGCCCCCCCUCUAAAACUGGAUCUUGGACUUCCCGACAGGCCGACCUCAGGUGGUGUAGGUAGGCAACAUCACCUCCGCCAUGCUGACCCUCAACACUGGGGCGUGUGCGAUUUGUCCCCUCCUGUACUCCCUGUUCACCCACGCACAACACCAAGUUUGGCGGUGACACGACGGUGGUAGGCCUGAUUACCAGCGACGAUGAGACGGCCUACAGGGAGGUGGUCCGUGACUGGACCAAGUGGGUUCGGAACAACAAGCUCUCAACGUCAGUAAGACCAAGGAGCUGAUCGUGGACUACAGGAAACGGGGCGGCAAGCACGCCCCCAUCCAGAUCGACGGGGCGGCAGUGGAGCGGGUCCAAAGCUGGAAGUGUCCAAAUCACCAAACUUAAAAUGGCCCACACACAUGGCCCACACACAUGGCCCACACACAUGCACAGUCGUGAAGAAGGUGAAGACAGCGCCUCUUCCCCCUCUCGAGGUUGAAAAGGUUUGGCAUGAGCCAUUAAAAAGUUCUCCGGCUGUACCAUUGAGAACAUCUUGACUGGCUGCAUCCCUGCCUGUAAUGGCAAUAGCACCGCCCUCGAUCACAUGGCGCUACAGAGAGUGGAGCGGACAGCCCAGUACAUCACUGGGGCCGGCCGAGCUCCCUGCCAUCCAGGACCUCUAUAUCAGGCGGUGUGAAAGAAAGGCCCGGUUAAAUUGUUAAAGACUCCAACCACCCAAGCUAUUAUUCUAUUCCCUCUGCUUCUGCAUGGCAAGCGGUACCAGUGUAUCAAGUCUGACAUGAACAGGCUCCUGAACAGCUUCUAUCCCCAUGGCAUAAGAAUAGCUAACAUAAUGGCUACACGGACUGAGUUGACCUUUUGGAUUUGGUUCUUAUUUUUGUUUAUGCCCUAAACACUACAUAUACUGAUACUGCAGUACACUCACUCCAUACUUUGCGCACACACAUAAUAUGCACAUACAGUUGAAGUCGGAAGUUGACUAGUUAAAUAAAGGUUACAGUGUUAAGUCGAAGUUUACAUACACUUAGGUUGGAGUCAUUAACUCAUUUUUCAACCACUCCACACAUUUCUUGUUAACUAUAGUUUUGGCCAGUCGGUUAGGACAUCUACUUUGUGCAUGUAACUUUUGUAACUUUUCCAACAAUUCUUUACAGAUUAUUUCACUUGCAAUUCACUGUAUAACAAUUCCAGUGGGUCAGAAGUUUACAUUCACUUUGUAGCCUGUGCCUUUAAACGGCUUGAACAUUUUCAGAAAAUUAUGUUAUGUUUUUAAAAUGUGUUUAGUGUUUUUUAGUUCUAUUUUUGUUUCAUCAGACCAGGUGAUAUUUCUCCAAAAAGUAUGAUCUUUGUCCCCAUGUGCAGUUGCAAAAUCAUAGUCUGGCUUUUUUAUGGCGGUUUUGGAGCAGUGGCUUCUUCCUUGCUGAGCUGCAUUUCAGGUUAUGUCGAUAUAGGACUUGUUUUACUAUGGAUUUAGAUACUUUUGUACCUGUUUCCUCCAGCAUCUUCACAAGAUCCUUUUGCUGCUGUUCUGAGAUUGAUUUGCACUUUCGCACCAAAGUACGUUCAUCUUUAGGAGACAGGAAACGUCUCCUUCCUGAGCCGUAUGACGGCUGCGUGGUCCCAUGGUGUUUAUACUUGCGUACUAUUGUUUGUACAGGUGAACGUGGUACAUUCAGGCGUUUGGAAAUUGCUCCCAAGGAUGAACCAUACUUGUUGAGGUCUACCAUUUUUUUCUGAGGUCUUGGCUGAUUUCUUUUGAUUUUCCCAUGAUGUCAAGCAAAGAGGCACUGCGUUUGAAGGUAGGCCUUGAAAUACAUCCACAGGUACAUGUCAAUUAGCCUAUCAGAAGCUUCUAAAGCCAUGACAUAAUUUUCUGGAAUUUUCCAAGCUGUUUAAAGGCACAGUCAACUUAGUGAAUGUAAAUGUCUGACCCACUGGAAUAGUGAUACAGUGAAUUAUAAGGGAAAUAAUCUGCCUGUUAACAAUUUUGGGGAAAAUAACUUGUAGCACAAAGUAGAUUUUUUUUAUUUUUCCGUUAUUUUACCAGAUAAGUUGACUGAGAACAUGUUCUCAUUUGCAGCAACGACCUGGGGAAUAGUUACAGGGGAGAGGAGGGGGAUGAGUGAGCCAAUUGUAAACUGGGGAUUAUUAGGUGACCGUGAUGGUUGAGGGACAGAUUGGGAAUUUAGCCAGGACACCGGGGUUAACACCCCUACUCUUACGAUAAGUGCCAUGGGAUCUUUAAUGACCUCAGAGAGUCAGGACACUCGUUUAACGUCCCAUCCGAAAGGCGGCACCCUACACAGAGCAGUGUCCCCAAUCACUGCCCUGGGGCAUUGGGAUUUUUGUUUAGACCAGACAAAAGAGUGCCUCCUACUGGCCCUCCAACACCACUUCCAGCAGCAUCUGGUCUCCCAUCCAGGGAUUGACCAGGACCAACCCUGCUUAGCUUCAGAAGCAAGCCAGCAGUGGUAUGCAGGGUGGUAUGCUGCUGGCAUGCCCUAACCGACUUGCCAAAAUUAUAGUUUGUUAACAAGAAAUUUGCGGAGUGGUUGAAACACUUAGGUUGGAGUCAUUAAAACUCGUUUAUGUAAACUUCGACAUUAACUGUACCUUCAGAAGUCACAUAAUUUAAGUCCACCUGUGUGCAAUCUAAUUAAGUGUCACAUGAUCUCAGUAUAUAUAAACCUGUUCUGAAAGGCCCCAGAGUCUGCAACACCACUAAGCAAGGGGCACCACCAAGCAAGUGGCUAUAUGAGGACCAAGGAGCUCUCCAAAAUGGUCAGGGAUAAAGUUGUGGAGAAGUACAGAUCAGGGUUGGGUAAUAAAAAAUAUCCGAAACUUUGAACAUACCACGAAGCACCAUUAAAUCCUUUAUUAAAAAAAUUGAAAGAAUAUGGCACCACAACAAACCUGCCAAGAGAGUGCCGCCCACCAAAACUCACUGACCAGGCAAGGAGGGCAUUAAUCAGAGAGGCAACAAAGACCAAAAAUAACCCUGAAGGAGCUGCAAAGCUCCACAGCCGAGAUUGGAGUAUGUGUCCAUAGGAUCACUUUAAGCCGUACACUCCACAGAGCUGGGCUUUACGGAAGAGUGGCCAGAAAAAAGCCAUUGCUUAAAGAAAAAAAAUAAGCAAACACGUUUAGUGUUCACCAAAAGGCACGUGGGAGACUCCCCAAACAUAUGGAAGAAAGUAAUCUGGUCAGAUGAGACUAAAAUGUAGCUUUUUGGCCAUCAAGGAAAACACUAUGUCUGGCGCAAUCCCAACACCUCCCAUCACCCCGAGAACACCAUCCCCACAGUGAAGCAUGGUGGUGGCAGCAUCAUGCUGUGGGAAUGUUUUUCAUCGGCAGGGACUGAGAAACUGGUCAGAAUUGAAUGAAUAAUGGAUAGCGCUAACUACAGGGAAAUUCUUGAGGGAAACCUGUUUCAGUCUUCCACAGAUUUGAGACUGGGACGGAAGUUCCUUCCAGCAGAACAAUGACCCAAAGCAUACUGCUAAGGCAACACUCGAGUGGUUAAAGGGGAAACAUUUAAAUGUCUUGGAAUGGCCUAGUCAAAGACCAGACCUCAAUCCAAAUGAGAAUCUGUGGUAUGACUUAAAUAUUGCUGUACACCAGCGGAACCCAUCCAACUUGGGGCAGUUAUGCCUAGAAUAAUGGGCAAAAAUCCCAUUGGCUUGAUGUGCCAAGCUUAUAGAGACAUACCCCAAGAGACUUGCAGCUGUAAUUGCUGCAAAAGGUGGCUCUACAAAGUAUUGAGGGAGGAGGGGGGGGGUGAAUAGUUAGAAUAUAGAAUAGGCCUACAAGCCCUCAGUCCAGCCUCUCUCUGCCUAUUGCGGACAGUCUGAGCACUGAUGGAGGGAUUGUGCUUUCCUGGUAUAACCCGGGCAGUUGUUGUUGCCAUCCUGUACCUGUCCUGCAGGUGUGAUGUUCGGAUGUACCGAUCCUGUGCAGUUGUUGUUACACGUGUUCUGCCACUGCUAGAACGAUCAGCUGUCCGUCCUGUCUCCCUGUAGCGCUGUCUUAGGCGUCUCACAGUACGAUCAUUGCAAUUUAUUGCCCUGGCCACAUCUGCAGUCCCCAUGCCUCCUUGCAGCAUGCCUAAGGCACGUUCACACAGAUGAGCAGGGACCCUGGGCAUCUUUCUUUUGGUGUUUUUCAGAGUCAGUAGAAAGGUCUCUAUAGCGUCCUAAGUUUUCAUAACUGUGACCUUAAUUGCCUAUCAUCUGUAAGCUGUUAGUGUCUUAACGACCGUUCCACAGGUGCAUGUUCAUUAAUUGUUUAUGGUUCAUUGAACAAGCAUGGGAAACAGUGUUUAAACCCUUUACAAUGAAGAUCUGUGAAGUUAUUUGGAUUUUUACAAAUUAUCUUUGAAAGAGGGUCCUGAAAAAGGGACGUUUCUUUUUUUACCGAGUUUAGUAUGCUUACUUACUUUAUCGUGCUAUUUUUAUAUCUUGUGUUUUUGUUCUACCUUUUUUUUAGUUUUACAUUGUUCUUGAUUACUGCAUUGUUGGGGUUAGAGCUUGCAAAAAAGGCAUUUCACUGUACUUGUGCGUGUGACAUUAAAAGUCUAAAAUAUGAAAA